CUGGCAUCCGGCGGCGGGCGGAAGCGGCGGAGCGGUGCCAUGGAGCAGUGAGGGGCAGAGCCGGCUCACCGACACACCGCCAUGGAGACGGUGCAGCUGCGGAACCCGCGCCGGCAGCUGAAGAAGUUAGACGAAGACAGUUUAACGAAACAGCCUGAAGAAGUAUUUGAUGUCCUGGAGAAGCUUGGAGAAGGUUCUUAUGGCAGUGUGUUCAAAGCCAUCCAUAAAGAAACGGGUCAAGUUGUUGCAAUUAAACAAGUUCCUGUGGAAUCUGACCUGCAAGAAAUUAUCAAGGAAAUAUCCAUAAUGCAACAAUGCGAUAGUCCUCAUGUGGUGAAAUACUACGGCAGCUAUUUUAAGAACACAGACCUGUGGAUAGUCAUGGAAUACUGUGGUGCUGGAUCUGUGUCUGACAUUAUUCGGUUACGAAACAAAACUCUCACAGAGGAGGAAAUUGCUACAAUAGUGCAAUCGACUCUGAAAGGACUGGAGUACCUGCACUUUAUGAGGAAAAUACACAGGGACAUCAAAGCUGGAAAUAUAUUGCUAAAUACAGAGGGACAUGCUAAGCUUGCUGAUUUUGGAGUGGCAGGACAACUUACAGACACCAUGGCAAAGCGGAACACAGUCAUAGGGACCCCAUUUUGGAUGGCUCCAGAAGUGAUUCAGGAAAUUGGGUAUAAUUGUGUGGCAGACAUCUGGUCCCUGGGAAUCACUGCAAUAGAAAUGGCUGAAGGAAAGCCACCAUAUGCAGAUAUUCAUCCCAUGAGGGCAAUUUUCAUGAUUCCUACCAAUCCACCUCCAACAUUCCGGAAACCGGAGCUGUGGUCGGACAAUUUUACAGACUUUGUGAAGCAGUGUCUCGUGAAGAGCCCGGAGCAGAGAGCCACUGCAACACAGCUGCUGCAGCAUCCAUUUGUUAAAAGUGCCAAAGGAGUAUCAAUCCUGCGGGACCUGAUUAAUGAAGCAAUGGACAUCAAGCUGAAACGCCAAGAGGCACAACAGCGUGAGCUUGAUCAAGAGGAUGAAGAAAAUUCAAACAUCCCUUAUAGAAACUUUCUUCUACACAAGAGCAACCGACAGAAGCCUGAGGAGGAGGAUGAGACGGAUUCGGGUACCAUGGUGAGGGCGAGUGGAGAUGAAACUGGCACAAUCAGAGCAGUGAACACCAUGAGUGAUGGAGCCAACACCAUGAUAGAACACGAUGGCACCCUGGAGUCCCAGCUGGGCACAAUGGUCAUCAACACCGAGGAGGAAGAGGAGGAGGGCACCAUGAAAAGGAGGGACGAAACAAUGCAGCCAGCCAGACCAUCAUUCCUUGAAUACUUUGAACAGAAAGAGAAGGAGAAUCAAAUCAAUAGCUUUGGGAAGAAUGUUUCUGGCCAGACAAAAAAUUCAUCUGAUUGGAAAGUACCACAGGAUGGAGACUACGAAUUUCUGAAGUCUUGGAGCGUGGAUGAGCUGCAGAAGAGGCUCUCUGCCCUGGACCCCAUGAUGGAGCAGGAGAUCGAGGAGAUUCGCCAGAAGUACCAGUCCAAGCGGCAGCCGAUCCUCGAUGCCAUCGAAGCCAAGAAGCGGCGGCAGCAGAACUUCUGAGCCACGGGCAGAACCUCCUUCCAUCCUCAAACAAUCAGCCCCUUGCUUUUAUGACUACUGAACAGAUUGAUUUCUAUUGAAAUAUUCUAGCAAAAUAGAGGGCAAUACUUCUGCUCGUUUAUUUUUCCAUAGCACCUUUGUGAACUCAGGAAUGCCAUCAUGUGGAAAAUCCUGAUUGUAUGUUGUAAUGUUAGACAUAUAUUUAAAGCAUAAUUCCAAAAGGGUUCUGUUACUAUUUUUUAGGAGGAUUGUUUUUAAACCAGAGGAACCAGAUAGAAAUUGGCUAAUGAAAGUUGGCUCACUCUCUUUUCAACUGAACUUUCAGGAAUCUAUUUUGGUUUAAGUUAAUACAGAUGGUUGUCUGUAACAACUUCUUUUGUGUUUUUUUUUGUUUUUGUUUUCCUUUGUGAAUGCACAGACUCAAUUUCAAGCUGUUAACUGUUUCUACUGUUAAGGUACUGAUAAGUUUUAGGUCACUGAAGAGAGCUGGUGAAAACAUGUACAAACUGUUCCAGCCUUUUGAAAGAAACUUAAAUCUCGGUUUUUAAAAAGCCUGUAAUAAGCCCCAUGCCUUACACUGUGUGCUUUAAGCAAGUGUGAUAUCUUCAAGACCUCAGUUUUGUCCUCAUUUUGUGUACUUCAUGAAUUUAUACAAGUAGAUAAAGCAUGUUGUGCCUCCAUAAGAAAUUACAUUCUGUAAUUUAAAAUCCACACUCACUUAAAACCAAAAGCCAGUCAGUGAUGUGAUACCCCUUUGUCUGUCUGUUUGGAAAUGUCCUUCAGGGAGACCCUGCUGAGAAUGGAGUGCUGGGAAAAGAAAACAGCGUUUGAAUGGGUGGAAGUUGUGUGAACUGAACCUCUCUCAGGAAUUAGGUACUUCAGCUGUGUCUAAAAUCUCCACAGCUUGUGAAUUAUUUUAUAAGCUUAAUUUUGAAUUUACAUCUUUGGAUGCUUGAAUAAAAACUUGAUUUCACAAUCCUUCACAUUUCUGCAAGGUGUAGCACAUCAGGAGUGUCAAACUGAAAGUAAAGACUUAAAUUAACAAAGAUCUGCAUUCAUGGUGGUGGAGCAAAGGCAGAGUUGAUCUGGAUGAGAAGACAAUUACCAAUGUCCUGCUGGAAGAGGUUCAGUCUCUUCCAGUUCCUCUGGAUGCUCUUGUGUUAUUUUUUUUCAUUUCCCUGCCAUCCCUGCCCAGCAUAGCCCAAUCAGCCACAAUGCCCCGAGCAUGUACAAUCGCUGUGAGGACGGUGCAAUCAGCUCACAUCAGAGUGGAGAGUAAAACAAAGCCUGUUUGCAGGGCAGAGACUGAGCAAUGCCUCUGCCCUGUGGGCUCCCACAGCACAGCUGUGUCGUUUCAGGUGUGCCUAGCAUAUGAUGGAAUGCUUGGGCAGAGCAAGUGUUUCUACCAAUAUUUUUUUAUUUCGUUCUGAUAGAGGGAACAGUUUCCACGUCGUGCUUCUGAACUAGGCCUUGGUACAUCACCUAGAUGAUUAAACAGCAGUGUCUCCUGAAUCAAAUGCUGCUACGGAGGUGAUGUGUUUCUUUCAUGUUUCUGUAGGGUCUUGUUUCCCCACUGGAGCAGGCUCUUGGCUGCUGCUCACACUUCUGCUCCACAGCUGUGAAAGGAACCAAGCCAUUCUUACCCUCUGCAGGGCUCAUUGCGUGGGUUUGUCUCAGUUUGAUAAUGCAGUGGGAUCACAGCUGUCCCUAAGGAAAAGGGAGGCAGUGGGCAGUGUGUGUAGGGUGCUGCAGGAGGAGUACAUCCUGGGAGAGCCAGCAAUCUGACAGCCCCAGGUGUCACAUCAGGGCUCAUACCGUGCUCAUCCGGAAUCUCUGCAACAGACUUUGCCCUGACCGUGUCUUCAUGAUGAGCCAAUUUUCAUCAGCAUCCUUUGCAUCAAAGAAACUCCUCCAGCUUAGCAGGCAGUUCUCUGGUCAGUGUUGGAUCUUGUAGAAGUCACUUGGAUGGAUCUGGCCCAGCACCUCAGGUGUGACAGACACAGAGAUCUGUGACAUGGUAAAUUGUGCACUGCCUGUGUGGCCUGGGUCAAGCUUGUUCUGCUGGAAGGAUUUUUUCCUCUGCACUGUGUAGAUAACUCUGUAGAGAUCAGAGGGCAUUAGAAACCCCAACUUUAAGGUGAAACACCACGGGGUGGUGUCUAUUUACAGAAUAUGCAACCUGUGACUGCUGUAACUGAAUGUAAGCACUCUUGAAAUACUCUGCUUUGCUGACGUGAUUGUCUUAAAAUAUAGCAAACGAACCAAAAUAACUAAAACUGGUCCAAUGGCUUAACUGUCUUUGAACCUUUCUAAAAUGCUUGCAGUGGGUGAGACUGAAUGAUGUUUCUUGCAUUUGGAGCUGUAGUGCAGAGGAAUUAUUUUCUCCUUCACUGAUUUUCAAUUUGUUGGAGAAAAUAUUUCCCUUUUUUGGUCCCUUUGUAGAAUGUCUGGGAGCACAGAAACUGUUCAUUCCUCCGAAUCCUCCAAGCUAUGACCAAGGCUCGUACCAUAAGGGAUGUUUUGACAAAGUUUUAAGCAAAAAACUUGCUUAAUUGAGAAGCUGCGUUCAUGUGCUCCAUGGGUCCAUCUGCAUUUGGAAAGGGUUCUGGACAAACCAUUCUCUUUGUUUCUAAAACCUGGAGAUACUGAUGGUAUCAGUCAUGUGAGACUUACAAAUGUGAAGUUUGUAGCUUUAACUUUUUUUUGUAACAAAGAAAUUAGCAACACUGGCAUAAACUGCUGACUUGAAAUGCUGUUUUGUAAGAUCUGGCUCUUUGUAUAUAAUAGUGUUCGGUCUUUAGUUUGUAUAUGUAUGGAACAGUAACUUUUAUUGCAUUCCUCUCAGUUUGAUACAGGAGAUUUUGUUUGAUCUCUCUCAAAUAUUUUGCCUUAUUUGUUCAAAAGGGCAAAUAAACUGUCCCUACCUGAAA